AGGAGGAGGAGGAGGGGUCCCUGCUCGGGUGACAGGUCCGUCCCUGAGGGCGGAGCGGGGGCCGCCUGCGGCACGGCGGGGUGAGGAGUCCGUGCAGCUCCGUCCCCCGGCUAGUCCUCCCGUCCCGGCCCCUGAGGAAGGAGCGGAGCCGCUCUCGGUUCCAGCGCCGCCAGCAACCCGCCAUGUCCGGCCAAAGCCUCACCGACCGCAUCACGGCGGCGCAGCACAGCGUGACCGGCUCGGCGGUCUCGAAAACCGUCUGCAAGGCCACGACCCACGAGGUCAUGGGGCCCAAGAAAAAGCACCUGGACUAUUUAAUCCAGUGCACAAAUGAGAUGAAUGUGAACAUCCCACAACUGGCAGACAGUUUGUUUGAAAGAACUACCAACAGUAGCUGGGUAGUGGUCUUCAAAUCUCUCAUCACAACCCAUCAUCUAAUGGUGUAUGGAAAUGAGCGUUUUAUCCAGUAUCUGGCGUCCAGAAACACAUUGUUUAAUUUGAGCAAUUUCCUAGACAAAAGUGGAUUGCAAGGUUAUGACAUGUCAACAUUUAUCAGACGGUAUAGUAGAUAUCUGAAUGAAAAGGCAGUUUCCUAUAGACAAGUGGCUUUUGACUUCACAAAAGUAAAAAGAGGGGCUGAUGGAGUGAUGAGAACAAUGAGCACAGAAAAACUCCUAAAAACUGUACCAAUUAUACAAAAUCAAAUGGAUGCACUUCUUGACUUCAAUGUCAAUAGCAAUGAACUUACAAAUGGUGUAAUUAAUGCUGCCUUCAUGCUCCUCUUCAAAGAUGCCAUUAGACUCUUUGCGGCAUAUAACGAAGGGAUUAUUAACCUCUUGGAAAAAUACUUUGAUAUGAAAAAGAACCAGUGCAAAGAAGGCCUUGAUAUAUAUAAGAAGUUCCUCACUAGAAUGACACGGAUCUCAGAGUUCCUUAAAGUCGCAGAGCAAGUUGGAAUUGACAGAGGAGACAUACCAGAUCUCUCACAGGCACCGAGUAGCCUUCUUGAUGCUUUGGAGCAACAUUUAGCUUCUCUAGAAGGGAAGAAAAUCAAAGAUUCCACAGCUGCAAGCAGGGCUACCACCCUUUCCAAUGCCGUCUCUUCCCUUGCAAGCACUGGCCUGUCCCUCACAAAAGUUGAUGAAAGGGAAAAACAAGCUGCAUUAGAGGAAGAACAGGCUCGCUUAAAAGCUUUAAAGGAGCAACGUCUAAAAGAACUUGCAAAGAAACCUCAUACCUCUUUAACAACUGCAGCUUCUCCUGUGUCAACGGCAGCAGGAAGCAUAAUGACUACACCAGCCAUUGAUAUUUUUUCUACCCCUAGCUCUUCAAACAGCACUUCAAAGCUGCCAAAUGAUCUGCUUGAUUUGCAGCCAACUUUUCAUCCGUCUGUACAUCCUAUAUCUGCUGCUCCACAAGUAGGAAGUACCUGGGGAGAUCCUUUUUCUGCUACUGUUGAUAGUGUUGAUGAUGCCAUUCCAAACCUAAAUCCUUUCCUUACAAAAACUAACGAUGCUGCUCAUCUGUCUGUGUCUUCUGAUGUAUCUACUUUCACCAGUAGGACACCCACACAUGAAAUGUUUGUUGGGUUCACUCCAUCUCCUGUUGCUCAACCACAGCCAUCAGCUGGCCUUAAUGUUGACUUUGAGUCUGUGUUUGGAAACAAAUCUUCUAGUGUUGUCCUAGAUUCUGGUGGGUUUGAUGAACUAGGUGGUCUCCUAAAACCAACAGUGGCCUCUCAAAACCAGAGUCUUCCAGUUGCCAAAGUACCACCUAACAAAUUAGUGUCAGAUGAUCUGGAUUCAUCUUUAGCCAAUCUUGUAGGCAAUUUGGGCAUUGGAAAUGGAACUACUAAAAAUGAUGUAAACUGGACUCAGCCAGGUGAAAAGAAACUAACAGGUGGUUCCAACUGGCAACCCAAGAUUGCACCUACAACUGCGUGGAAUGCUCCAACGUUGAAUGGCAUGCAUUUUCCACAAUACGCACCACCUGUAAUGGCAUAUCCUGCCACAACGCCAACAGGAAUGAUGGGCUACGGCAUGCCAUCACAGAUGGGAGGCAUACCAGUAAUGACACAGCCAACUUUAAUAUACAGUCAGCCAGUCAUGAGACCACCAAACCCUUUUGGCCCUGUACCGGGAGCACAGAUUCAGUUUAUGUAACUGUGUUAGAUGGAAGAGAAAGGAACGUUUCCAAAAAGAUGUAAAACCCCCACUUCCAGGAAAAAAUGAACUUCAGUCUCUCAAACUCUCCUCUUCCAUUAAGUGAUGCAGUGAAAUGAUGAAGACCAAUGAAGGAACCUGGGACAACUCCAUAAGAAAACAUCAAUAUACAAUACAAAGCCAAGAAUUGCCAUGAAUUAAGACUAAGAUCUACUUUUUGUCCUGGUGACUAACACGUCAACACUUUCAGCUUCUAAUAAUAUCCAUAAUUGGUAACAUAUGAAGAGAAGCCUUUAUUCUGGAAAUUGAGAUUGGUGUUUGGAAAUGCUGUCUGGAAUGGAGGUGUGUCCUUUACCGUAACUCGAAACAAGACUUUGGGCAGGGGAGGGUCAAAUCCUAACUCUUAAUUCUGCAGUUACCUUUUCUUCAGUCCUCACAAAUGUAGGCACAGCAGUAAUGGAAAUUAACUUUUUUUAAAAAUUAUAUAUUCAGUUUGCAGUAGACAUUCCUUAUGUAUUAUUGUUUGUAUUUAUUUAUGAUUAUCAAUUUAACAUUAAUAUUGUAUCAAAAAACCUCCUUAUAAAAAUGAGUAUGGAUGUAUACAGUAUGUCUGAUUUUUAUCCACAAAGAAUGAAUCUGAUUCAGAAUGCUUUUCAGCUGUCAUACAGAGCACUAAAUAUUUUAAAGGUCUGAAUCUAAUGAAUUCUCAGUAUAUAUGGGAAUUAGGGAAGAGCUGUAAAAUGCAUUAAUCCUUAUAGUCAAUUCUGUGCCUAGGAUUUUGCAAGGGAACAGUUAACUGACUAGAAGAAGCACUACAUUUUUAAUUCAGCAUUAGUGCAUUGGGAAGGAACUUUAUUGCUUUGUGCUUGGCAUGUCAUUAUUUUUACAUUUGACAUUAUAAGGCCUUUCCAAAAUGAAUGUGAGGAAUUGCUUUCACUUUAAGACUUUCCUUCUUUUCUGUAAAAAAAACUGAGGUGUUGUGUGUUGGGUGGGGAAAGCCUUUUCAUUUGGCUAGUGCCAUGUUUAUGAUCCUGUACCUUUCAAAGUAAAAAAGGGGAAGUAGCUUCCUUACAUAUGUCUAGUGGGUAUUUAGUUAACGAAGAAUUAAAGUAGCACUGUUGAUCGGUGCUCUGUGUAAAUACAUCAUAACUUUUGGGUGGAGUGGGGCCUUCAGAAGGAUAGUCAAUGAUAUGAAAGCAAUUCUGUACAUGAAUUAAGCAUACUUGCUGCAUUGUCUCUGCAGAUUCUAUUUUUGUUUAAAAUAUUAAAAUGUACGUUAGCAAAAAUGGGUGGAUUUUCAAAUAAAAUGCAGCUUCCACAGAACUUUU